AUGGGCGAUGCAGCUGAGACCAUGGCCAAGGUUGUUAUUCCUAUUCACGCACGCGAGGUCUGUGCGAAGCUUGAUAAAGACGAGGGUGAUAGAGAUACAUUCGUGUGCGCCGGCGGAAAUGGCAAGAAUGCAUGCCGAUAUGACAGUGGCAGUCCUCUUAUCGACCAGGAAACGGGACAAGUAAUCGGCGUCACGUCAUGGGGCAUCCGAGACGAAAAUUACGAGUUAUGUGGUCAGGCUUCAAUGUUGUAUACCAGAGUCGGCCGCUACAUCUCUUUCAUUAACGAAAAUAUGGGGGAUUCCGCUGUGAAUCCUAAGCCUGAGCCCGCGGCGACCACCAAGGCAGACGAGCCGUCUUCCACGCCGAUGCCAGACAAGGGUCCUUAG